AAAGUUGCGUGCUGGGGGAGGAAGCUAGAUUUUUCUUGAUGCGAAGAAGCAACGUAAAGACUGAAUAACAAACAGGAAAUGCCUAACUCGGCUGCAAGGCGGGCGGUGCAGAGCACUGAUCUCCACUCGCAGCGCAGCACCGCCGGCAGGACCGCUCCCGCUACCCCUGCCCUCGGCCCGGGCUCCCGGCUCCGGGCUCGCAGGAGCCCAGGCAUGGCUGCCUCCUACUGGAUACUGACAGCUGUUUUUCACCUCGUCGGGUCUUCCAACGUUGAUGUGAAAAAUGCAAUGACCUUCAGUGGGCCUCUGGAAGACAUGUUCGGGUACACGGUCCAACAGUAUGAAAAUGAGGAAGGGAAAUGGGUACUUAUUGGUUCACCAUUAGUUGGCCAACCUGAGAAAAGAACAGGAGAUGUAUACAAGUGCCCUGUAGGAAGGGACAACCAAUCACCCUGCGUAAAACUGAACUUGCCAGCUGCUACUUCAGUUCCUAACGUCGUGGAAGUAAAAGAAAACAUGACUCUUGGAACAACCUUAGUGACUAACCCAAAAGGAGGCUUUCUGGCAUGUGGACCACUUUAUGCUUAUAAAUGUGGACGUUUGCAUUACACAACUGGAGUUUGCUCUAAUGUCAGCUCCACUUUUGAAUCCGUUGAGGCAAUUGCUCCGUCUGUGCAAGAGUGUAAAACCCAGUUGGACAUCGUCAUAGUCCUUGAUGGGUCCAACAGCAUUUAUCCAUGGGAGAGUGUCACAGCCUUCCUAAACAGCCUCCUGAAAAACAUGGAUAUAGGUCCUCAGCAAACACAGGUUGGAAUUGUUCAGUAUGGACAGACCGUAGUCCAUGAGUUUUUCCUGAAUACAUACUCAACAACAGAAGAUGUGAUGGCUGCAGCCACGAGAAUAAGCCAGCGGGGUGGCACGCAAACUAUGACAGCCCUCGGAAUAGAUACGGCAAGGAAAGAGGCUUUUACUGAGGCUCAUGGUGCGCGAAGAGGAGUACAAAAAGUAAUGGUUAUUGUGACUGACGGGGAAUCACAUGACAACUACAGAUUAAAAGAAGUGAUUGAUAAUUGUGAAGAUGAAAACAUUCAGAGAUUUGCUAUUGCGAUUCUUGGCAGCUACAGCAGAGGAAAUUUAAGUACUGAGAAAUUUGUAGAGGAAAUAAAAUCAAUUGCCAGUAAGCCUACUGAAAAGCAUUUCUUCAAUGUCUCGGAUGAAUUAGCUCUUGUAACUAUUGUUGAAGCACUUGGAGAGAGAAUAUUUGCCCUGGAAGCAACAACAGACCAGCAGGCAGCCUCAUUUGAAAUGGAAAUGUCUCAAGCUGGUUUCAGUGCUCAUUAUUCUCAGGACUGGAUCAUGCUUGGAGCAGUUGGAGCAUAUGACUGGAAUGGCACAGUGCUCAUGGUGAAGGACAGUGGUAUUUCAAUGCCAACUAAUCACACUUUUCGUGACAGGCUUUCAGAAAAAAAUGAACCCCUUGCAGCCUAUCUAGGAUAUACUGUGAAUUCAGCAUUGACACCUGGAGGCGUACUGUACAUAGCAGGACAGCCACGGUACAAUCACACUGGCCAAGUUAUCAUUUAUACAAUGGAAGGAAGAGAGGUACAAGUACUUCAGAGGUUAAAUGGAGAACAAAUUGGGUCAUACUUUGGGGGUGUUAUUACCACAAUUGACAUCAACAGGGACUCAUUUACAGACCUUCUUCUUGUUGGAGCUCCUAUGUAUAUGGGAACUGAGAAAGAGGAGCAAGGGAAAGUAUAUGUUUAUGGUCUGAACAAGACGAAGUUUGAAUAUCAGAUGAGUCUUGAACCUGUAAAGCAAACAUGCUGUUCACCAUUAAAACAAGACACCUGCAAAGUUUUUAAGAAUGAGCCUUGCGGUGCACGCUUCGGGACUGCAAUUGCUGCAGUCAAGGAUCUCAACCUUGAUGGAUAUAAUGACAUUGUAAUAGGUUCUCCCUUAGAGGAUGAUCAUCGGGGAGCUGUUUAUAUUUAUCAUGGUCAUGGCAACACAAUCAGUAAAAAGUACUCUCAGCGUAUUGCAUCAGGUGGAGAUGGGGAAAAAGUGAAAUUUUUUGGCCAGUCUGUGCAUGGAGAAAUGGAUUUAAACGAUGACGGGCUGAUUGAUGUCACCAUUGGAGGCCUUGGUGGGGCUGCCCUCUUCUGGUCUCGUGAUGUGGCUGAAGUAAAUGUUUCCAUGCAAUUUACACCCAAAAGCAUCAAUAUCCAACAACAAAAUUGUCAGAUAAAUAAAAGAAAAACAAUAUGCAUAAAUGCCACAAUUUGUUUUAAGGCCAGACUGAAGUCGAAGGAAGAUAUAUUUGAAUCUAGUCUGCAGUAUUGGAUUACUCUCGACUCUCAAAGACAAAUAUCUCGAAGCUUGUUCACAGAAAGCCAUGAGAGGAAAAUGCAGAAAAAUAUAACUAUCAAAGGGUCAGAAUGUAUUAAACAUAACUUCUACAUGUUGGAUAAGCCUGACUUUCAGGACUCUGUAAAGGUUUUGCUGGAGUUCAAUUUUUCUGAUCCAGAAAGUGGACCUGUUCUUGAUAGCAACCUGCCAAAUUCAAUAUCCGAAUAUAUUCCUUUCACAAAAGAUUGUGGAGCCAAAAAUAAAUGCAUUUCAGAUCUUGUUCUGAAUGUAAAAGCAAGCAUAGCUGGAGACAGCUCUUCUCCAUUCAUUGUAAAGUCACGCAAUGAUAAGUUUACCAUCCAGCUCUCUGUGAAGAACAAAAAAGACAGUGCCUAUAAUACCAGAGUUUUGGUUCAGUAUUCUCCAAAUAUUAUUUUUGCUGGCAUUGAGGAUAUACAGAAAGAUAGCUGUGAAUCUAAUCACAACAUCACCUGUAAAGUGGGAUAUCCAUUUCUAAAACCUGCAGAAGAGAUUUCCUUCAAAAUAUCAUUCCAAUUCAACGCAUCAUAUCUCCUGGAAAAUGCUACUGUUCACGUAUAUGCAACAAGUGACAGUGAAGAACCCCCUGAGACCUUGCGUGACAACAGAGGACACGUUACAAUUCCAGUAAAAUAUGAAGUAGGAUUAAUAUUUGUAAGUGUUUUCAAAGAGCACCAUGUUAUAAUUGCAGCAAAUGAUACUGUCCCUACUGCUAUUAACACAACAGAGCAGAUUGGGGAUGAAGUUACUCUACAUUAUAUGAUUGAAAAAGGUGAACACUUUCCAAUGCCAAACCUCACACUGCAGAUCUUAUUUCCCAAUGUAACAGCAGCCAAGAACACUCUUCUCUACCUUACUGCAUUGUCACAUUCCCAAAAUGCCAUCUGCCAAACUAGUUACCCUGUAGAUCCCUUAAAGAUCAGUGCUGGGAAAUCAUUUGUGUUGCCAAAAAUAAAAGAACCUACAAAGGACACAAUUAUGGACUGUGAUACAUACAGCUGUGCAUCUAUUAAUUGUGCCCUGGUCCCAUCUGACACAUAUCAAGUGAAUGUUUCAUUAAGAGUAUGGAAACCUACCAUCAUAAAAGCAAGUAUUCACAGCUUAACCCUUGUUGUGAAAGCAUUACUUAGGAGUGAGAACUCAUCACUGAUUUUGAGAAAUGACCAUCAAAAACUGGAGACCAUGAUUAAGAUUUCCAAAGAACUCCCACCGGGUACAGUCCCCUUAUGGGUUAUCCUCCUGAGUAUCUUCGCUGGACUCCUGAUUCUUGCGCUGCUUAUAUUUGCUUUGUGGAAGGCUGGAUUUUUCAAGAGACCGCUAAAGAAGAAAAUGGAGAAAUAAAGAAAAAAAAAAAAGCAGAAAUUUUUGCUCAGGUCUGCCUAAAAAAUGUUACUGUAAAAUUAUAAACUUAGAUAUAUAUACAGUGGUCACAAUGUUUUCUGAACUCUGGUGCAUUAAUAAAACAAGAAGCAGAAUAAGAAGCAGCAAAUCAAGCACACACGCAAGGAAUGAUGCAAAGGAAGAAUAAACAAACAGCCUUAUGAUAUUUUGUGAUACACAAGGACAUACUUUCAAGUGUUACUCAUUUUUGGAGAGUAACUGGGUUCAAAGAUUCUAAUGGUUUUAAUAUGGAAAAUGCAUAAUCAUAUUUUUGUAUACCUAUGUAUGUGAAAUAAUUUUUCAUUCCAAAUUAUUCAACAAGUCAGCUUUUUAUGUACCAAUCCCAGUCUUUUUUAUCACCUUACAAUUUUCAAAAGAAGAAAAGCAUCAUUUUCAAAAUUUCCUCCUUAUGUCAGUUCUGUGAGAGCAGACUGUCAGUUCAUCAAGUAGAACAUGCACACUUUGAGAAUGCACCACUGUAUGGUAACUAAUGUAAUGACAAUUCAGAAGACAGAAGCACCUGCAGAAUUUUGAGUGAGAAUUACUGAAGUACCUUGGAUUUCUCUUUCUGCUCAUUUUAGUGUGUCCAGCUGAACCCAGGAUACUCCAAGAAAGAGAUUUUUAUGGUCAAGUGGACCAUAAAGGAUUGAUCCUUUAAAUUACAUAACUGUCUGAACUUGAAACAGAUUUUUGGCAGGCCUAAAAAUGUAUGCACAAAACAUUCAAGCCCAUCUGAUUGCACACUGUACUCAAAUAAGCAGGGGCACUAUUGUAUCUGCAAAUUGAAAUGUUCAUAUUUAUGCAGAAAGUAUUUAGAAGUACCCUGAAAGUUUGACUCUUGCUGUAUAUCUUGGAGUAGCCAGGAGGGUACUUCAUAAACUGUCACUGUAAAUUUAUCGUGUAGCUAUUUAAUCCGAUGAGUUUAAAGUGUACAAAAUUAUAAUUAACAAAAGAGCACAGAUAGGAAACUCAGCACUGGCAAGCUGCUUCUAGUAUCAUAAGUCACACCUCAUCUUUGUUACUUAUGAGUUUAAGAAGUGAUGAAGAAUUUGCAUACUAAAUAAGCACUUAACUAAUGAUGUUUAUUUUGUGUCAAAGAUUAAAAGUUUAUACAAGAAUACACUGAAAUGUAGAUAGCAAAAUAUUUCUUUAAGCCUAUUUAGAACAUUCAGUUUUCUCCUUUCUUUCACACACUUGUCUUCUUUCCACGAGGAUGUCUCCCCAGGCUUUUGGGCUGUGCCUUGUCCUUGAGAGCUUCCUAUAUUACUUGCAGCCACACAAAA